CACUCGUGGACUUUCUUCUGCUACAGCACGCUCCCGUUGAACGCCAUCUCGAGACUCUGGGGCAGAAUCAACAGCAUUGACUUGCCGGUGUGGCUACGUGCGCCUGGCUACAAGUUCUACGCCUACUGCUUUGGCGUGAACUUGGACGAGAUGAAGGACCCAGAGUUGGACCACUACAAGAACUUGAGCGAGUUCUUCUACCGAGAGUUGAAGGACGGCGCCAGGGCCAUCGCCAAGGACGCUGACUUGGUCUGCCCAAGUGAUGGCCUUGUCUUGCAGUUUGGUGCCAUUGAUAACGGUGAAAUUGAGCAGGUGAAGGGUAUGACGUACUCCAUCGACGCGUUCUUGGGCAAUGCCACGACGUCGAAGCUCGCUGCCCCUGCCCAUGAGGUUUGUUUCAACCAUCCUGAUGAGGAAGAGGUGCACAAGAGACACGAGGAGUUUGCAAAGAUCAACGGCAUCUCAUACACCUUGGAUGAUAUCAUCGGUGGUGAAGGUAAGAACGUGACGCACUUGAAGAAGAUAUACUACAAGGAGGAAGGUGACCGUACCGUGGAGAAGGCCGGUUCUGCCAAAAUUGCAGAGGUUGCCUCCAGUGUGACGAACUCAACGCCUACAAAGGACUCGGACAAGGAGUUGUUCUUUGCAGUGAUAUACUUGGCUCCAGGUGACUAUCACAGAUACCACUCUCCUACGAACUGGGUCGUGCAAUUGAGACGCCAUUUCGUCGGUGAAUUGUACAGCGUUGCUCCAUACUUCCAGAAGACGCUACAAAACUUGUUUGUUCUCAACGAGAGAGUGUCUCUCUUGGGAUACUGGAAGCAUGGGUUCUUCAGCAUGACCCCUGUUGGUGCUACCAACGUUGGCAGCAUCAAGGUCAACUUUGACAAGGAUUUGACGACGAAUACCAAAUACCAAUCACCGCAUUAUUCCGACUCGGACGAUGAGCUUGUGAGAGUGAAGAAGCACACCUGUUACGAGGCAACUUAUUCCAACGCCUCCAAGGUGUUGGGUGGGUUCCCGGUGACCACUGGAGAAGAAGUUGGUGGGUUCAUGUUGGGUUCAACGGUUGUUCUGGUGUUUGAAGCUCCAAAGGAGUUCAGAUUCGACAUUAAAAAGGGCGAGAAGGUCAAGAUGGGCCAAUCCUUGGGAAGAAUU